CGCUGUAAUAAGCUUCUUCUUCUUUUUCUUCGAGCAGAUCUAGCAAAAAUCGGAGAAAACGAACCCCGAAAGCGAAAUUUCAGCAUUUCUGCGCUAGAUUCUAAUCAGACAGCGCUGAUUCCAGCAUUUUUCUGCGAAGAUCCGGCGGAAAUCCGUCCACGGAACGGAAUCGAUGCCAAUCGACGGUCCGAUCCACCGCAUCAGAAGAUCCAAUGACUAUAAUUACGCCAGGGUGAAGAGGAGGGGCCUCUGAGGGUUUGUUUUUAAAAAGGAGCUUGAUUCCAUUGAAAUCUGCAAUGGAUACUCUGCAGAAGCUGCCGGCGUCGAGCCAUAGGACGACAGCGGCGAGCAGCUUCGGAUCUUGUAAGACGGAGGGCGCUGUGCCCGACCAGUUCCCGGUCGGGCUGAGAGUUCUUGUCGUGGACGAUGACAUGGCGUGCCUGAAGAUCUUGGAGCAGAUGCUUAGGAAAUGCCUGUAUCAAGUGACAACUUGCUGCCGAGCUACGAUUGCUUUAUCUCUGCUUCGGGGGGAGAAGGGUGGUUUUGACAUUGUAAUAAGUGAUGUUCAUAUGCCUGACAUGGAUGGAUUUAGACUCCUUGAACAUGUUGGGCUGGAAAUGGAUUUGCCUGUUAUCAUGAUGUCCGCAGAUGGGAGAACCAGUGCAGUGAUGAGAGGAAUCAAACAUGGUGCUUGUGAUUAUUUAAUUAAGCCUGUCCGCAUAGAAGAACUGAAGAAUAUAUGGCAGCAUGUUAUUAGAAAAAAGUGGAAUGGAAGUAAAGAACUAGAACAUUCGGGUAGUGUCGAAGACACUGAUCGAAAUAGACGGGUAGGUGAUGAUGCUGAGUAUGCUUCCUCCGUCAAUGAAGGAACGGAUGGUAACUGGAAAGUUCAGAAAAAGAGAAGGGAUGUUAAAGAAGAUGAAGAUGAUGGUGAGCUGGAUAGUGACGAUCCUUCUACCUCAAAGAAACCACGUGUAGUUUGGUCGGUAGAACUCCAUCAGCAAUUUGUCAGUGCUGUAAAUCAACUUGGAAUUGACAAGGCUGUCCCGAAGAGAAUUCUUGAACUGAUGAAUGUUCCAGGUCUAACCAGGGAAAACGUUGCAAGUCAUUUGCAGAAAUUCAGACUUUAUUUGAAGAGAUUAAGUGGAGUAGCCCAACACCAGGAUGCAAUCGCUGGUUCCUUUGGUGGGCCUGUAGAACCCAGUGCAAAAUUGGGUUCUCUAGGUAGGCAUGAUCUCCAAGCAUUGGCUGCCUCGGGCCAAAUUCCAUCACAAACACUGGCUGCCCUGCAUGCAGAACUCUUCGGCCGGCCUACGGGAAGUUUAAUCUUGGCUGGAAUGGACCAGCAUGCCCUUCUACAAGCAUCACUACAAGGACCCAAGUGCAGUCCUGUUGAACGUGGUGUGGCGUUUGGUCAGCCUAUAUUAAAAUGCCAAUCCAGCGAUACCAAACAAUUUUCUCAACCAAGGAUAUCUAUUGAGGAUAUUCAUUCAGCAUUUGCAACGUGGCCAACUACUCACCUUGGCACAGCAGGUUCCAUUAGCAGCAUGGGAGGGCUGAAUCCUCAGAAUAGUAACCGGCUUGUGCAGAUGCUACAGCAGCAGCAGUCAUCUGCGCUUCCAGAGUCUAGCCACAUCAUCAAUGUACAACCAUCUUGCCUCAUAGCCCCGUCUCAAUCUUCAAAUGGUUUCCAGCCCAGAAACAAUCCCGUUCUGAUCAACCAAAGCUCUGGCUUUAACAGUAGUUCCAUUGUCGACUACAGCCUACUUCCUUCUCAAUCAAAUAAUGCAUUGUUGGGUUCUGGACAGGUCCCAGAUAGGGAUUUCAAGAAUGUGGACAUGCUAAGUGGGUACUCAAUCCCAGACGUACAGGUCUCACCAUCAGUAUCAUCUGGCCUGAUCCGUGCUGAGAGCAGCACAGGUUGGCGGGCGCAGAAUGCGGGCAUGAAUAUCAAUUCUUCCAGCAGAUUGCCAGGGCCUGUGCCCAACAUCCGUGAGAUUCCUGGUUCUUAUACCACAAGGACAGCUGUACUGCAGGAGCAAGGGCAGGGAAGGAAUCUUGGCUUUGUUGGCAAAGGGACUUGCAUCCCCAGCAGGUUUGCUGUGGAUGACAUUGAAUCAGCCACGAGUGACCUGAGCCAUGACAAGAUGUGUGCAGACAGCAAUGGAGAUAGAGUGAAGCAGGAGCACAGUAUGGAUGUUAUGGGGAAUGCAAAAGUUGGCAUCCUGGCAAUGCAGCAUUUUUCUUCGGGGGAUCUGAUGAGCGUUCUCUCCAAAUAGUUGCCAUGCCUUGCAGCAAUGGACGGGCAUUUCAAACUCCCUGUUACAAAUCAAUGGGUGGCGUCCAAGUGGGAAGAAAAUCCAUGUGAAGCAUCUCUUCAUUAUUAUUCUUGUAUUCUCAGGACCAUUCAUUGUGCCAGGCUGGAAUUGGAUUUUCCCAGUCUGCUCCCCAACAAACCAGAGGUAAGAUGCUAGACUUCUCUGAACUCUUCAAUAGAGAAAGGAGAAAAAAGAAAACGAAAAAUGGGUACUGGCUAUAUGUGUCAUAGCUGCUGGUGAUGAUGGAGCAUGCUCUCUGUAUGGGUUAUGGGAAGUCUUAAAUUGUCUCUGGGAAGAGUAAAUGCCUUGUCUUAGAAAUCUUUUUUUCUCCCUUGUUUGGAGAAGAUAAUGGUGCUGUUCAAGUUUAGUCUUC